CAAAAGGUGGCCCGGGCCCUACGGGCGGGUGAGACCGUGCAGCCGGAGCGGUACGAGUGUGUUUCGAUAUUCUUCUCAGACGUGGUGGGCUACACGGACUUGUGCGGGCAGCUGCAGCCGGGCGAGGUGAUGGACCUGGUGCACCGCCUCUACUCGCGAUUCGAUGACCUCAUUCGGGAAUUGAGGCUCUUCAAGGUAGAAACCGUUGGUGACGCCUAUCUGGCUGUUGGCAACCUGCGCUGGCCGCAACCCGGUGACCAUGCGCGCCUCAUGGCCCAGUUCGCCUUGGCUGCCGUCCGCGCCGCCAGCUCCCUGCCGGUGCAUCCUGACCGUCCGGAGCUGGGCACCGUGCAUGUGCGUGUGGGGCUGCAUUGCGGCCCCGUGGUGGGCUCCGUCGUGGGGACCCUGAACCGCCGGUUUUGUUUGUUCGGGGAUGCGGUCAACACGGCGGCGCGCAUGGAGCACAACAGCGAGGCGGACCGGAUCAACUGCAGCGCGGCUUUUGCGGCGUUGCUGCGGGAGCAAUGGCCAGAAGGGCCCUGUGCGGUCAGUCGCGGCGUACGGCAGGUCAAGGGUAAAGGGUGA